UGUGUGCACUCGUGUUUCUUACUUUGCAAGGUCCGAUGACAGGGAGCCCAGUCACGGUAUGGGGCCCAAAACCCUAAUGGGGCCCAAAAUGGUGGACCCCACUCCGAUUUUGAUCUAAUAUGGCUCUGGAGCCUCCCCUGAUAUGCCUCUUGCUUUUUUUUUACUUGGCCCACAAUGUGAUAAAUUAUGGGUAAAAGUGUAUAAGUGUGUGUGGAGAUUUUGCUCCAUAUCGCCCCCUACAGCUUGUCCUGCGCUAUCACCAAAGAUACACACUUCCGGAAGUGUGUAUCAUUUUAGCCAAUCAGACAUCGCCUUAAAUCUCGUAUGCCAGAUGGUCUCGCGAGAUUUGAUACAUGAACAUAUCAACACUGAACAUGCAGUGGCCUACAUACACCUGGCUCUGAACAACAGAGCCAUCAUGUUAAAAAGGAGGAAGAGGAUACGGCCUGCUGAUGACGCAGUGUCGUAUAUUCUGUCUUCAAGGGACAAGCCUCUGUUCAAAGAAAUCUUUAUUGAUAGUAACAAAGGAAGAGGAGUGUUUGCGAGUCAGCCCAUUGAACAGGGAGCUUUUGUCUUGGAGUACAGGGGUGAACUACUAUCAAAGGAAGAUUGCCAGUCUAGACAAUACUCUGAUAAACAGAAUACAUUCCUGUACGAGUUUCAAUGGCAGAAACGUCACUGGUGUAUCGAUGCAUCCAGAGAGGAUGGAUCCCUUGGAAGAUUAGUAAAUGACAACCACAAAUCUCCAAACUGCAUCAUGAAAAAAAUCAUAGUCAACGACAGGCCACAUUUGUGCUUAUUUGCUGUUAAGAAUAUUGAAGCGGGAACAGAAAUUGAUUACAACUAUGGUGAUUCACAAUGGCCGUGGCGUAAAAAGGUGACAAGCCACCAGACAGAGACGCUCCCUGUUGAUCAAACAUCCCAUGAGGAUUCAGACAUUGAUGCUGCUACCACACAGAUGACAAGCCACCAGACAGAGACGCUCCCUGUUGAUCAAACAUCCCAUGAGGAUUCAGACAUCGAUGCUGCUACCACACAGGUGACAAGCCACCAGACAGAGACGCUCCCUGUUGAUCAAACAUCCCAUGAGGAUUCAGACAUCGAUGCUGCUACCACACAGGUGACAAGCCACCAGACAGAGACGCUCCCUGUUGAUCAAACAUCCCAUGAGGAUUCAGACAUCGAUGCUGCUACCACACAGGUGACAAGCCACCAGACAGAGACACUCCCUGUUGAUCAAACAUCCCAUGAGGAUUCAGACAUCGAUGCUGCUACCACACAGGUGACAAGCCACCAGACAGAGACGCUCCCUGUUGAUCAAACAUCCCAUGAGGAUUCAGACAUCGAUGCUGCUACCACACAGGUGUGUACUGUCAAAGGUGUUUCCCUUGUGGAUUAUCUGUUAACUGAUGAAACAGAUGAGGAUUGUAUCGAAGACCAACCUCUGACUCCACACUGUGAUGACAUUUUUGGAAAGCAGAGUAGGAGUGAAAACAUUCUGAUGGAUAGAGUAUCCGAUUUUUCUGAGCCUCUGUAUGAUUCAAAUGAGACUAAAGUGGAGGAAACCGAUGAAGAGGAUUCUAUAAUAGGCCAUUCCAGUGUGCAAGCAGAUGGGGAACUUGUUCCAAAGCUGAGAAGGACGAAAAGCAUUCUGGUAAACAAACUGCUGCCAAACGAAGCUGGACACCAGAGGAAUGUGCAUGCAUGUGAAUGCAUCAUGAUGAGCCAAGUUCCAAGGAAAGCAGACUGUCAGCGCUGCAUUACUGCCGAACCUCAAGCCCUUGCAAAUAGAGACUGGAAAGCAGUUAAAUUCUUCAUCAAAAAUCGAAUUACUGCCCUGAGGAGAAGAAAACUAUAGUGACAGCACUUCACUAAACGGGUAGAAACAUUAGGCUGGAGGGAGAACCCCUAAAAGUGUUUGUGCUCUUUCUCUAGUAAUUAGGGGUCCAAGCCCGAAGUGGCAUGGGAACCGCAUUUGCAAGGCAGUUUUAGUAGUUUUUGUUCUCCUUGUAUUCUUCUUGUGUUGUCCUGUUAGUUAUUUUUUGUCUUCAAUAUAAAAAGCUGAUCCAGACCAAUCCAUAAUAUUAACUUUUGAAGAAAAAGUUUAUAUAAAUGUUUUUUUUCCACUUUAAAUUUAAGUUUAAAUGGACGGAUAGUUCUUUAUACUUUUUAUUCUUAUA